AAGUACGGUCGCGAGUCAGUGUAACGUCAUUUGGCUGAUUAGUUCCUGCUGACCAGAAGCACAUGAUCAGGCGUGUUUACACCUGCACUGACAGCAGCAGUAUCGCCUAAAAAGCGUUGCUGUCGCACUUCGAAGAGGAACAACUGUAGUCGGAAGUAGAGUGUUGUUUGUUGCCACCUGCUGGUCUCAGGGUCUGGAGCCCAGGAAACCAGCCCUCUGUCCACCAUGGGCGAGACAGAUGUGGAACAGGUGACUCUGGCACUGCUUGAUGCAGCAAAUGAUAAAGACCCCGAUGUCCAAGCUCAGGUCAGGAAGUCAAUGCUGACUCUGGGAAAAGAACAGCCUGACAGAGUGCUUGCUAUGUGUCAGGACUACCUGCUAAAACACCCAAAGUUGGUAGUGGGCCACAGAGUUAUCAUUCUUCAAACCAUUGAGAUGAUUAUUGGCAACAGGAUAGAUGCUGUCCCUUACCCCAGGAUCAAGAGCAUAAUUUCUUUGGCCUCAGAUGAGAUGACGCGAUCAAAGGAAGUUGUCCCUGACUGGCAGCAGGCAGCCAGCAACAUCCUGGUUGCUGUGGGCAACAAACACAUCAACGACAUCAUGGAGGAGAUACUUAGCAAAUUUCAACCUGGAAUUUUGCCUCACUUUUUUGUGGUCCAGACAUUAGCAAACCUUUCGGAUUCUAACGUUUAUGGCAUGGUUCCUUUCCUGAAUGCUAUUCUUGGCACAAUGUUGCCCAUGCUUAGCCUAACCAAACAAGACAACAUGAAGUGGGUGUUGUCCACAGCACUGUGCCAUUUCAGUGACAGCAUCAUGGAGUACCUUGCCAACCUUGACAAGGCGCCAGAUCCCACAGUCAGGCAGGACACAUUCUCCAGUGAAAUUUAUGCUGCCUUUGACAUCGUUUUCAAUAACUGGUUGCAGAGCAGAGAUUCAAAGUUAAGAUUAACAGUCGCAGAGGCCGUUGGCUCCAUGUGCCAUUUGAUGGCCAGCGAUAAACUAGAGGAGCAGAUUCCCAAAGUCAUUCCUGCCAUGUUGUCCUUGUAUAAGAAAAACAAUGAACACCACAUCAUUAGUAAGAGUCUAUGCCAAGUUCUUGAUGCUUCUGUCAACAUGGGCAGCAGGGUGUUGGAGACACAACUGGACAGUUUGCUCUCUGCGCUUCAUCAACAGGUGUCCACCUUUGUUGAUUACAGUAACCCUCCUACAGUCAAGAACCACAAUGAGGUUCUGCGUUGCUUCAGUCUGUUAGCCACUGCUUUCCCAGACCGACUUGUAAUGUUUGUUCUUCAGAGAUUAGAAAACAGCAAUGAGAGGAGCAGGAUGGGCUCUCUGGCUAUCCUGCGUCAUCUGAUCAACUCCAGCACUUCCAUGAUGGCGACUAAAAAGCUUCUUAUUCUAGCUAGCAUCAGGCAACCAAUGGCUGACCAUAGCAACAAGGUUAAGAAGCGCGUGGUUCAGGUCAUCAGCGCCAUGGCUCAUCAUGGUUAUCUAGAGUUAGACGGAGGAGAGUUACUGGUACGAUUCAUGGUUCAACACUGUGCCCUACCAGACACAUAUCAGAGGGGUCCAAAACCUGCAGACCCAGAAGAGGUAACAAACGAGGCACUGAGGUCAAUGUGUGACAACACCCUUCAUCUCCUGACCACAACUGUUGGACGACUGGCUGAUGUGCUCUGGCCAAAGCUCCUCAACUAUCUAACACCUUCACUGUACAGUAAUGCCACAACUCCACUGUGUAGAAGUUUGAUUGUGCUUGGUAGCAAGAAAAAGGAAAAUAAAGAGCCCAGCUUUAACAUUGACUUUUCACAGGAAGUCAAUCUGCCCUCUCCUCAAACACUGUUGAUCAAACUGUUGAUGAAUGCAGCAUUUCCAUUCAAUAGCAGAGGUCAUGGUGCUCCAUCACUCUCCCUCCUCCGAGUGCUCUCUGUUAAUAUUCACAGCAACACAGAAGCUCUUUGGGACAAAGAGAUUCCUCCUGUGCUGGCAGUACUGGAGGAAUCCACGGCAGAGAGUCUUGAUAAGAAAAGAUGGGAUGAAAAUGUACUGGAGAUCCUGUCUAAAACUUUGGUUGCUGUUGACGAUGACAAGUGGGUGUGCCAGUUAGCAGCAGAAGCAACAAGAUAUUUGUCCACAUAUAACAACGCUUUGGAAGAGAAGAGUUUCCUGUAUCAGUUUAUCGGAGUGGCUCUCCAGCACUCUUAUAAUAAAGAGUUUGUUAAAAAACAGUUGCAGGAAAUCCUCCUUACAGCACGACACAAUGAUGCUGUUGAAAGACAGGGCGUGGCUCUGGGCAUUGGGUUGUGUGCCAACAGCCAUCUAGAAGGAACUCUGGCCAAGCUGGAUGAGUUCGGAAAAUCCGAUGCGUUCAAAAAAUCCCCAAGCAUCUUUAACUUGCUUAAGGAUCGUAACGAUGUUGAGCUGGAGAAAGUCAAAAGCACGUUAAUCCUUUGUUAUGGUCAAGUGGCUGUCAACGCUCCUCCAGAAAAGAUCCUAAAUCGUAUUGAUCAAGACAUUCUUCGCUGUAUCAGCAAACAUUUUAACACUAAGGUUCUGGGAAUUAAAGUAGAGACAAAGGAUCUGACAAUGAAACUGAGUUUGAUCCAGAGUGUUGGACUUGUUGCAAAAGCCAUCAGCGAGUGUGUGAGAAAACAAGGCUACAUCUUCUCUCGUAAACAAGAGCUUAUUGUGGUCAUGCAGGAUUUUAUUAAGGCAGAACCUGCCGAUGCACUUCGGACUCCAGUGCGCCACCUGGUGAUGAGUACCUGUACCAUCCUCGUGCUUUUGGACCCCGCACUGAGUGAGAAUGAGACCUUUGACUUGCUGAAGGUGUGUGUGACCAGUGUGUUCUCUCUACCACUUGAGACACACACUCCAGAGAAAACUAAAGAGGAGGAAAUACUGGACCCCAAACAAAGAAAGGCAUUGUACCAUGACACAUUGGCUGCACUGCAUGACUUACUUAACAGUGUGCUAGCCAAGGAUCCCACGCCUGAUAGUCUACAGAGUGUUUUCAAGCACGUUGAAAGCUGGCUGAGCUCACCGCAAGACCAUGAGAGAGAGCGAGCUAUCACAGCCACUGCUCGCAUGUUGACUCACUACUUGGACAAUAUGACAGUAAAGAACAUGGUAUCCUUUCAUAACUUUGGAGCUCUGCUGGGGCGACUAUCUCCGCGCUGCUCUGACCCUCACCUGGUUGUACGCACCACCACUAUAGACUGUAUAUACAUACUGCUGUCUAUCCAGCUACGCUAUGAAGGUUUUGCUUUAGACUACAAAGAUGAAGCUGUGGAUGGCCUUUUGCUUCUCAAAGGCAGACUAGAAAACCCAGACCAUUCAGUUCUCUACAAGACUUGCGCUGAGCUCACCAAGGUGAUGAGUAAGCGUCUACCUCAGCAGCAGCUGGCUACAUUUGUGUUCAUGUUGUUUGAGGGGCUGGUCGACAGUCAGACAAACUGUUGCAGAGCUUCAUCUGUCAUUCUCAACACUCUGCUGAAGAACAGAGGAGGCGGGCUACAAGAGAUGGUACCCGAGAUGCUGGAGGUGCUUCAUGUGCGAAUGCAGAGCAUCACUGAAGAACAGGUCAGAGUGGCAGUUGGUCAGACAGUAUUAAUCCUGGCAUCACAGCAUAUCCAGACUGUUGUUGAUACACUAAUUAACCAACCCCUUCCAUAUGACAGCUGGACCAGUGAAAUGUGGAUGGCUUUGGGAGCAGACCCCAUAGUAGCCAAUCAAAUUAUUGAGAUGGUGAUGGAGAAACUUGCCAUCAUGGCGCCUUACGUGGACAAGAAAGAGUCUAUGAUCAGAGGAGGAACCACCAAGGUCGCUACACAUAAGCCACUUGCUAUGACAUGUGGUCUCAAAGAACUCUUAUUAAAUGGCCAGAGCCAAGAGCCAGCACUAAGUCAGUUUCCUCAGCUGUUUUCCUGUCUCACUGUCAGAAUGGGAGCUAGUGUCGGAGUGUCGGCGCCAAAGGAUAAAAACAACAAAAACGCUGCCUCGGUCCACGUUGCAGGAGUGGCAGCUGAUGCACUGAGAAUAUUGCUAGCAAGAGCUCAGCUGGAUGCAGUGAUGAAAAGACUGGACGAUGAUAAUGCUUGGGAUGCAAUAAAGGAACAGAAUGCACACAUCACUGGAGUUACGCUACUAGCAAGGGCAAUGGCGAAACACGCUGGCCCGAGGUUGCCCGCCAUCAUUGAGGGUCUGUGCCCAUCCUUGAACAGCAUCUAUGAGUGUCAGCGGAUCACCGUCACAGCUUUUUUCUCUGAGCUGUUGAACCAUCACGUGGCGACAGAAUUGAUGUUGAUUGACGUGUUAAUGAACAACAUGAUGGAAAGGAUAUCCGAUCCUUGCAGCACUGUCCGCAUGUUGGCGGUGAGGGGGCUUGGUAAUAUAGCUGUUGGCUCCCCUGAAAAGGUGAACAAAUAUGCCAAAGAGCUGCUGGCAGCAAUGAGUUCAGGCAUGGAGGAGAAAGAUGAUCCAGGCAAGCUGAUUACUCUUGAGGCCAUGUCAGGCCUGUCUAAAGUUCUCAUCUACCUGGACAAGAAGAAUGUCCACCUACUAGUAGUUUAUAUCUUCAUGAAGAUCAAGCCAUUUUUAGAGAGCGAGAACGAUGAGAUCCGCUGUACUUCCAUCCAUCUAAUGGGGAACCUCUCUAAGUUUGGUUCUGGAGAGCCAGUGUUCAAAGACCAAAUUCACAAUGUUCUGGUCAGUCUGCUUUUACACCUGGUUGAUCCAAACCCACAUGUUGUAAAGGCUUGUAAGUAUUCCAUGCGUGUGUGUGCGCCAAUGGUGGGCUCGGAGCAGAUCACAGCCAUGUUUCAGAAUCAUCUCUAUGAGGACAAGAGCUUGCACUACGGGGAGUUCAUCAAUGAUCUCACCAAGUACCUGAUCCAGGACUUUCCAGGCAUGCUAAACUUCUACCACAUCUCAGUCCUCCAGUUCUUUAAGAGCAACUGGUCUGAAGUUCGUGCAGGAGCUGCUAUGUUCAUAGGGUUUCUGCUGGGGAACCUUCCAGAGGAGCAUCUCCUCCAUCUCAAUAUGGGCACCAUCACUAAAGGUCUAGUGAUGCUGCUCCAAGAUCCCGACCCUGUGGUGAGAGUGAAGGCUGCAGAGGCCAUGGGACACUUCCACUGACACAAAGAGCAACACAGCUCUCAUUUACUGGCAAGUGUUUGUCCGUUAUCACUUACCUGUACAUCAACGUGGAAGAGAGCAAUAAGUACAACUCUUUAUGUGGUAUUAACGUUACAAAAACCACAAUGUUCAUGAAAUGACAUUCCAUUUUAAUGAAGUCCACAAACGCAUCAACAUUGAAACACACUUGCACUUAAAUAAUUGUAGCUCGGUUUGUCACAUGACUUAUAGUCCUAAUAGUGUUAUAUUUUAUAACCAAAGACUGUAGCAGAGGCAUGUCUGUGACAUAUUCGCCACAUGCCAUUUUUUUUUUAUUACAGAUACGUAGAGAAUUAUGUUUUUAGAAAAAAAUGUCGUUUCUUCAAAUAUUGUCUGAAUGACACAUAUUUCUGUGUAGAUAUACUAUUUUACUUGAGUGUGUGUGUGUGGAUAAACUGAGCUCAGUUGCUUAUGAAAGUCUCUAAAUAAUGGUGUUGGAGGGAUGCCAGACAAAGCCAAAUCAUGUGACAUUUCACUUUGAUUUUUCAUUUUUUUUGCUGGGUUUGAUCUGUUUUUUCUGUCACAUAGUCCAGCCAAUCAUCUUCUAGUGACAGAUGAUUUAUAAAGUUGGCUGAGUGGCGACCAAAGGGGAACAUGUUUGAGCCGUGUUGGUGCCAAGCAACAUCUCAUAAUUAUUAUUGCUCCUUAUUGAGCUGUUUUUUUUUGUUUUUUUGUUUUUUUUUAUAAUACACGUUUUUUAGAUUAUUAAUAAUACAUGUACGUCAUUAACAUAGCAGCCAAUGGAGAAUACAUCUGCAGUGCAACACGACCUUACAAUUCAUAGAGAAAUGUAUACAAAUUAUUGAAUUAGUGUUCUCAUGUUAAUUGAUGAUAUGUUAAAAUAGGCCUGAUACUUAAAGUGCCAAUUUGCAUAGUAUAGAACAUAUUUUUAAAUGACUCUUGAUGUCACAAUUGGAAUGUGUUUUAUAUUUUUCAUAUGUCACUGUUUGCAUUUACAUGUGUUUGUGUCAGCCUUAUCUUAUCUGCUGAUGUGUAUUAGCAGAAUUCAUUUUGCAUUCCUAUCCUAAAAACUACAAUCAGCCAGGUAAUCAAUCACCUUAAGUUCAAGCAGUCUCCUAAUUUGUGAAUAAAAGAUUUUUAUUAAGUUCAUGUAAGAAAUAUUUUCCUACAUCUGUGUUUAUUUAUUGAGAUGUUAAACGUGGACUUGUGGCACUUUCUAACAAUGUUGUCUAGCAUUACGCUUGUUUGGUCUUUUAAAUGUUGAUGUAAUUAUGCUUAUUUCUUUACAUGUUUACAUUAGGUGAGUCGACUUCAUUAAACGUGUUUUUAACA